UGUUUCCAGUAACAUCCUCCUCCCUAAUUGUGUCAAGUUGUCAACGCUAUCGCAAAUUAAUUCCUAAAACGACAUUAUCUCCCUCACGAUGAAAAAAAAGUUUUAUCUGUGAGAGAGGGAGAGAUUUGGGGGAAAAGCUUACUAAUUAAGUAAUCAAAUUGCUAAUCGAAAAAUUCAUCUGUUUUGUACGGCAUCUACAUACAAAACCAUAUAAUUUGAAUCUAAAUCAUCAACCAUAUCUUACUUCUUUUGAUUUUUCAUUAUUUAUUUAUUUCAGUAGUUUUUCACGUGUCAUAGUACAGUUAGAGAAAGAGUUACUAAGUGGUAUGGUCUGGGAUAGUACAACCAUCAUCAAUAUACUAAUAUAAUAUGUCAAACGAUAGUUUGCCUAUACGGAGAGAUGAAGGAGGAGGAAGUGGUGUUGACGGUUUAGAAUCUGAAGCUUUCACUAUAAGAGCAACUGCUUCAAGAGUUCUGCAAAAACAACCAUUGUCAUAUAGUGAAAAACUUGCAUUACCUCAAAUCACGCUAAGAGCAACCAUAGUUGGAUUAUUCAUAGGUUCAAUUGUAUUGGUAUCAAAUUUUCAAUUUGGUUUACAAACUGGUUGGGUAUCUAUGAUGUCUUUACCAGCUGCUCUUUUAGGAUUUGCCAUUUUUAAAGUCUCACCUUAUUCAAAUUCAUUCACUGAUGUCGAAAAUGUUUAUGUUCAAAGUGUGGCUGUAGCUGUUGGUACUGGACCUUUAUGUUAUGGUUUAAUUGGUAUAGUACCUGCUAUUGAAAAAUUCUUAACAGCUGAAGAAUCAGGAUUAGGUCGUACCCUUAAUUUCAGUUUAAUCGAUUUAAUGGUAUGGUCUCUUGGUCUUGGAUUAUUCGGGGUCUUCUUUGCUGUACCAUUAAGAAAUCAAGUCAUUAUUAAAGAAAAAUUACCAUUUCCAUCCGGAAGUGCAACAGCAACUUUAAUUUCAGUUAUGCAUGGUACUGAAAUUUAUUCAGAUGAAGAUGAAAAACAUGUUGUUAAAAACAACACUAAUAUUAAUUCAAAACCUAAUUUAUCCCAAGAUAUAGAGCAAUAUCUCGUUCAGGAUGAGCCAGAACAACCAUCAUCAUUACCAGCUUCAAAAAUCAACUCAUAUUCAUCAAACCUUCAUUCAUUAGUGAUAACAUUCUUAGUAUCUGCAGCAUACACCUUGUUAUCGUUCUUUUUCCCUGUUCUUAAAAACAUCCCCAUCUUUGGUUCAUACUUAUCCAACCAAUAUAAAUGGAAUUUCCAACCUUCUCCAGCAUACAUUGGUCAAGGUAUAAUCAUGGGUUUACCUACCGUAUCAUAUAUGUUAUUUGGUGCCAUCUUAGGAUGGGGGAUCUUAGCUCCAUUAUCCAAAUAUAAAGGAUGGGCACCUGGUGAAAUCGAUGAUUGGAUUCAUGGUGGUCAAGGAUGGAUCUUAUGGAUCAGUUUAAGUGUUAUGAUUAGUGAUUCUAUUAUUUCAUUCGUGAUUGUCGCUUUUAAGUCCAUUAGAAAUGGGAUUAAAUUCCUUACCGACCCAAGAAAUAGUGAUUAUGAUUCGGUUCAAACCGUGGAGAUGGAACAAUCAUUAUUAACUGAUGAUGAUAGAGAUUCAAAUGAAGAUCCUUCAAAUAGUACUUAUUCACCAAAGGAUCAAGCUGCUACUGUAAUUGUCACUCCAACAAGAUUAGAACUUCAAAAGGAUUACUUGGUCAGUAAUAAAAUUACAUUCUUUGGUAUAAUCUUAUCAUCUGUACUUUGUAUCAUAUCUAUCAAAAUCGUUUUCGGUAAUAUUGUUCCAAUUUAUGCAGCUGUGGUAGCUAUUAUCUUGGCAUUAUUUUUCUCAGUGUUAGGAGUAAGAGCUUUAGGUGAAACUGAUUUAAAUCCCGUUAGUGGAAUUGGAAAAUUAUCUCAAUUAAUCUUUGCCAUGGUUGUUCCUCGUGAUCAUCCAUCUAAGAUUUUAAUCAAUUUAGUUGCUGGUGGUGUUGCUGAAGCCGGUGCCCAACAAGCAGGAGAUUUAAUGCAAGAUUUGAAAACGGGUCAUUUAAUCGGUGCAUCUCCAAAAGCUCAAUUCGUAGCUCAAAUCAUCGGAACCUUAUAUUCAGUCGUUCUCAGUUCAGUCAUGUAUAAAGUUUACAAUUCAGUAUACACUAUCCCUAACGAUAUGUUUAGGAUACCGACUGCCAUCAUUUGGAUUGAUUGUUCAAGAUUAGUCACCGGACAAGGAUUACCUCCUAAAGCAUUUGAAUUCUGCAUGGUAUUCGGAGUAAUCUUUGGUAUAAUCUCAUUAUUAAAAAACACCAUCCCACCCACUUCAAAAUAUCAUAAAUAUUUAAUAUACCUCCCAAGUGGAGUUGCAGUUGGGAUUGGGAUUUAUAAUUCUCCAAAUUUCACAUUGGCAAGAUUCAUCGGAGGUGUGAUUGCUUAUUGGUGGAUCCAUCAUAAAUCUCAAAAUAAAGAUAGAAUCGGUAUGAUUAUCUUUAGUAGUGGUUUAGUGCUUGGUGAAGGUUUAUUAAGUGUUUUCACUAUGCUUUUAACUAGUAUGGGAGUUAGACACUUUUAAAAGAAAGAAAGAUAGAUAGAGGGACUCAUAUAGAUUGUCAUUUAUUUUUUUUUCAUUCAUUCGUUAGAUAGUUAUUUAAUUUAUAGACACUUACUUAGGUAAUAUAUUUACAUUUAUCGAUAAUUCUUGUAUCUUUGGUAGAUAUUGUCUUUGUGUUGUGUUAUUGUCUUUGUUGUUGGCCUGUUAGGGUUGCUCCUGUAGUUAUAUUUUGUAUGUUGUCUGUAUCUGUCGAUGAAGGAUGCAAAAAGAACUGGAGAGUAUUCAGAUUCUAGAGUGUG